AAUACAAUACAAACAAACAGUGCAAUGGACUAAGGAGUUUAAGAAGUGAUACCUGAGGUACCUCUGGUGUAACGGUAGUUGUCACUUUGUCCCGCAUCCUCAGGUGAAGAAGUGAUACCAGAGAGAUCUCUUUCUACCAACUCUUCUCCCGGUGCUGGAGUCAUUUCAACUGGGAGGGCUUCACUGUGCCAACCAAUGAGCGCGCGGCUGUGUGUUGGAAACGGAAGCCGAUUGGCUGAAGGCAGGACAUCGUUGUCAUCUCGACAGCCAUUGGUCGGACGGGUUUUCCCUGAGCGCUCGAGACCCGCCCGUUUUCUCUCCUCCGUGAGGACGCCUUUUUUCUUUUUUUACAUUUUUUUUUUUUACAUCCAGACCAGAGUGGAGAAAGAAAAAAGAAGAAGCAGAAAGAGAACAGCUAGCAGACUGAGGGUUGGCUGCUGGAAGAAGAAAAGAAAAGGGGGGAACCUUCUGCUGCAUUUGCCGGGAUUAAGACUCGUAUUUCAGGCGGAUAUUACAACCGUCUCCACCGGUGCUUCCUUCACGGUUGAUCCGGGACUGAAGAGGAUGAUGCUGUCCUAAAUCCACCCUCCCCCUUUUCUUCAUCCUGGUCCACACCACCGCCCCUCCACCAUGAACCACACCCCCAGCCCCCACCUGUCUGACGGUGGCAAGUCGGCCGGCGGCGGCAUGCUGUGCAGCCUGGGUCUGGGCUCCGACAGGGGGAUCCGCUCCCCGGACAGCCUCACGCACACCCCGAGCCCCACCGGAGGUACCCCCAGCUCCAGCCCCCCUCUGCUGCUGUCGCCGGGGCUGGGAGGCUUCGGGCUGGGGUCCCUGGGGUCGCUGGGGGCCUUGGGCGACGGAGCCGGGGCCGACUGGGAGAGCAGGGAGGAACUGAGGCUCAGGGAGCUGGAGGAGGCUCGGGCCCGAGCGGCCCAGAUGGAGAAGACCAUGAGGUGGUGGUCGGACUGCACCGCCAACUGGAGAGAGAAGUGGAGCAAGGUGCGUUCGGAGCGCAACCGUGCACGCGACGAGGUCCGCCAGCUGAGGCAGCGUCUGGACACCCUCACCAAGGAGCUGACCAGCGUCCGGCGGGAGCGGCAGGAGCUGGCCUCGGAGAGCGAGACCCUGCGGCAGGAGACGCUGCGCCUCCGCGGUGAACACACUCCCGAGGCUGCUCCUCCUCCUCCUCCUCCUCCGUCUGCCCCCUCUCCAUCAUCCUCCCCGGUGCACCCUCUCGCCGCCGCCUCCUCCUCCACUCCAUCCAUGCCGCCCUCCUCCCCUGCCUCCUCCGCCUCCUCCCAGGUCCACGGCGACGGCAAGCUAGACAGGGUCGGGGAGGGGCCGCCAGGGUCUCCGGAGCCAGAACCAGUGAGGGACGUGGACUUGGACGAACAAAAGUUGCAUCAACAGAAGGACUUCGAGGUGCUGGACUCGGUCCUGCGCUCCAGGGCCCCGGACGGUGACACUCAGGAGGUGUGGGAAAGCCGAGGCGGCGCUAACCCGUCCCCCUCGCGGCCAUCCUCCGGCCUGAGCCGGCAGGAGCGCAGCAGGCAGCUGUGGGAGGACAUCGGCACGGUGGAGGAAGACUCCAGCAAACUCAACGCCUUGCAGCUCCGCCUGGACGAGUCCCAGAAAGUCCUGCUGAAAGAGAGAGAAGACAAGCUGGCGCUGAGCAAGAGCAUCGAGAGGCUGGAGGCCGAACUCACUCAGUGGAAAUUGAAAUACGAGGAGCUCAGCAAGACCAAACAGGAGACCCUCAAACAGCUGAACCUGCUGAAGGAAAUGCACCAGGACGAACUGGGCCGCAUAUCUGAAGACUUGGAGGACGAACUGGGAGCCCGGACCAGUAUGGACAAGAAGCUGGCUGAGCUGCGAUCCGAGAUGGAGAGGCUGCAGGUGGAGAACGCCGCGGAGUGGGGGCGCAGGGAGCGCUUGGAGACGGAUAAACUCGCCCUGGAGAGGGACAACAAGAAGCUGAGAGCGCAGGCCGAAGACCUGGAGGAGCAGCUGGCCAAGAAGCGCCGGCAGGCCGCCUCCGCCCUCGACACCGACCUCAAGGCCAUCCAGAGCGAGCUGUUCGAGAGGAACAAGGAGCUCGGCGACCUUCGCCAUGUUCACGCCAAGCUGAAGAAGCAGUUCCAGGAGAAGAUGGUGGAGCUCGCCCACGCCAACCGGCGGGUGGAGAGCCACGAGGCCGAGGUCAAGAAGCUGCGACUGAGGGUGGAGGAGCUCAAGAAGGAGUUGGGACAGGCAGAGGACGAGUUGGAUGAGUCCCAUAACCAGACCAGGAAGCUGCAGAGGUCUCUGGACGAGCAGGUGGAGCAGACGGAGAACAUGCAGGUGCAAUUGGAACACUUACAGUCAAGACUGCGGCGGCAGCAGCAGAGUCCUGGUUUGUUUGGGAAGAUGCGAUCGGCUCGGUUUGGUCCGGAAAACCCGGACGUUCAGACCAGCGACAUGGAGGAGGAGGAGGAACUGCAGCUCCAGAUACCAUGACACACACACACACACACACACGCAGGAUAUACUUCUACACGGACAUCAGAAGUCACAUAAAGGACUGCUCCAACAAUAUGGGAGAUAUUUUACCCAGCAUCGGAUCAAAAGGACACUAUCACUUUUUAUCUCUGCACGUUGGAUUCAAUUGUUCGGCAAUUGAUUGUUGGCCAUGUUAAUGAUCAACACUCCGGUUGUCUUUAAAAACAAAAGCAAUUUUCGUCCAAGAAAGA